AUACACUCAUCAUUUUUCACAAUCUCAAUUUCUGAAACAAAAUUUCAUAUAAUGUAAACAUCGAAUUUGACUCCAAAUUCAAUUUUCCUUCCGAUUUCCUCUCGCUUUCAAUCCUCAACGGAAUCUCAUUUUCUUUCCAUUUCAAUUUCCACUACCAUUACGAUUUCCACUCCAUUCAGAAAAUCUAGCGCUCCAAAAAUCUAGCUCUCGACACCAAUCACACACAUAUACGUAUCUGUAUAUAACAUAUACAGAAUUGUUGCAGUGUAAAGCAAGAUCAGCUAUUCAUGAAUCGCAAGAGGACCGAGAGUCCGGUAUAUGCCCGCCAGUGGAGCGGCGGAUCCAGCAGCACGGGUUCCUCGUCGCCGGCCGGUUCGCCGGCUCACCCUCGCUCCAGGCUUCCUCCGGCCGCGACCGGGAUGUCGACUAUUAAGAGGACUCAGAACGUGGCCGCUAAAGCGGCAGCGCAGCGCCUGGCGCUGGUCAUGGCGUCCAAGACUCCUAACGAUGAUGAGGACGACGAGGAUGAUGAUCUAGGGUUCCGGUUUGGUCCUCCCGCGCCAUCGUCAUUUUCGAGUAGUAAUAUUAUUAAUAGGAGUGACAGUGGCGGUGGCUUGUCUGGGAUUUCUCUCUCCAAGAUGAAUAGAUCUCCUUCGCCUGCGUUAGGUCGAAACUUUAUGGACAUCACUCCCUCAGUUCGUUCCACAUCAGCUGGAAGACCUUCAAUGUCUGUUCGUGCAGCAACAACUACAGUGGCACCACCAAGUAGGUCCUCUUUGCGAACUCCAGUUACCAUCCCUCAAAUUGAACCUCCCAGUAACAGAUUAAAAGAAAAGAGGUUUUUACCUGAUGUAGGGCGUGACCUGAAAGAUUCUCCAAAUCAGCAUGAGGCUUCUGCACUUCGUGAUGAACUUGAUAUGCUACAAGAAGAAAAUGAAGUAAUUUUAGAUAAGCUUCAUCGUGCAGAGGAAAAACGUGAAGAGGCAGAAGCCAGAGCCCGGGAGCUGGAGAAACAAGUUGCUGCCCUGGGAGAAGGUGUAUCCUUGGAAGCUAAAUUAUUGAGCCGAAAGGAAGCAGCUCUGCGACAAAGAGAGGCUGCUUUGAAAGCAGCGCAGCAGUCAACGGAUGGAAGAGAUGGACAACUUGCAGCUCUCCGUGCAGAACUUGAGAACCUAAAAGAUGAGACUGCAUCUGCUCAAGAACAGCUUCAUGAAGCUGAAUCUGAAGCAAAAGCUCUUCGGACAAUGACACAGAGGAUGAUUUUGACGCAUGAAGAGAUGGAAGAGGUUGUUCUGAAGAGAUGUUGGCUUGCUCGUUAUUGGGGCUUAGCUGCACGUAAUGGUAUAUGUGCAGAUAUAGCAGCUUCCAAGUAUGAGCACUGGUCAUCUUUAGCGCCACUCCCCUUUGAGGUUGUCGUCUCUGCUGGACAGAAAGCCAGAGAGGAAUCCUGGAAUGGUGGGGAUGAUUCAGAUAGGAGCACUCGUGAUUUUAAUGAUUUAACUGGGGAAGGAAAUAUUGAGAGUAUGCUGUCAGUUGAGAUGGGUUUAAGGGAAUUAGCUUCUUUGAAGAUUGAGGAUGCUGUUGUGCUUGCAUUGGCCCAGAACCGACGUUCAACCUUAGUUCGCCAGUCCUUCUCAGAUCCUAAAUUGUCUGGUGAUCCCAAGUACAUGGAGGCGUUCGAAUUGAGUCAAGAGGAGUCUGAAGAUGUUCUUUUUAAGGAGGCGUGGCUUACAUAUUUCUGGAGAAGGGCAAAAGUGCAUGGUGUUGAGGAGGAUAUUGCAGACGAAAGACUUCAACUAUGGAUAAGCCGCAGUGGACAAUCUCCAACUUCACAUGAUGCUGUUGAUGUUGAAAGAGGCUUAACGGAGCUGAGGAAAUUGGGAAUAGAACAGCAGCUGUGGGAGGCAUCCCGGAAGGAAAUUGGGCAACCUGCAUUUGCCAAUGGCAAACAUACUCCCACAGAAUCAGAAUCAUAGUGGAUGCUCAAACAGUUGUUUCUAGUUUCUUCCUCAAUCUGCUUUUCUGUAUUUACUUUCCUCAAUACAAGUUUUGUGUUGGUUUCUGUUGGCCUUUUAAGUCUUUUGAAAAAUCCGAAGUCGAACCAAAGGUUCAUAUUCUGUGAAGUUGAGAAAAUGUAAAGCUCAUUUGUAUUAUAGAGUAUAUACUGGAUGAGACAAGAAACAAGUUGAAAGCUUUGCCUUCGAAUUAUUGAAAACGCACUAUUCCAUCUGAUUUGAUUUUGCAGUUA